CCUCUGGGGGGAACGAACUCAAGAGGCUUCUGCCGCGCGUAGAAGAGGAGGAGGAGGAGUGGUAGUGGGAAUACUGUCGUGUUGACCGACUACGAAAGAUAAACUAGAUACCACGUAUAUAUAUUUAUCUUUAUAUAUCGGACAAGUUCCCGGCUCGCCUGAAUUGAACGAUGUUUUACAGCCGAGCUGUACGGUGGCGGCACGGAUUUUAAACGCAGCGACCAGCGGAAUGGGACGAGCGACAGAAAAAGUGCACUUUGUCGCUCGUAGUGUGGCCACACUUCAGCAGUGAAGAGUUGUUGUUUUUUUUUUUUUUCCUUUUGUCAACCCAUUAGGUUGUUGACGAAGCCUUUUUUUUGUUUGUUUGUUUUGUUUCUUGCCUCGGUGGGUCCAGCAGUUGCCCGACAAUUCGGACGCGGUCACGCCGGGAGAAGGCAACACCGCGACGGCCGCCUCGCUCCGGCUAGCGCGCCCGCUCUUGGUCCCGUUUCUCGGACCUUAAGGCCUGCUCGUCGAAAGGGACAAUGCUUGACAUAAUGUCCGAGCACCAAGAUUCACUUUUGACGUGCAAAACUGAACCUUUGCCCCCGGAGAGGAAGAGAAGGACCGUGGAGGACUUCAACAAAUUCUGCAGCUUUGUCCUGGCUUACGCUGGCUACAUCCCCAAUCCCAAAGAGGAAAGCUCGUGGUCCCCGACGUCAUCCAGCUCUGCCCACAGUUCGUCUGCAGAUGGCGGCGGCGGCGGCUCCAUGAGCGGCACGUGGCCCGACGGCGGCCCAGACAUCCACACCAUCCACACGUUUGUCCACAAGGCCCGCGCCAACAAGGGCAAAAGCGUACACCCCGAUAGCACUUUGCUGGACAAGAUGCGCCUGAAAGACUCCCUGUAUGAGAGCCAGGCGGCCGGCGCCAAGGCGGAGCGCAAAAAGGACAAAAAGCACAAGAAGCCGUCGCUCGGCUCGGCCGUGGCGGCGGCGGACAGCGGCAGCAGCGAGGGCGAGAAGCGGCCGCGCAUCAAGCGCAGCAAGAACUCCAAGCAACCCAAAGCCAAGAAGCUGAAGAGCUCGGCACCGCAAAGCGACUCAGAAGAGUGGCGGCCCGGCCGCGGUGGACCCGCGCCGCACGUCGACCCCGGCCACAGCCCCCGGGCCGCCGACAAAAUGGCGCCCGACGAGGCCGUCGGGGACGCCGAGAUGAGCUCCAGCGAGGGCGAGACCUGGAUCGCCGAUGAAGACAUCAUGGUGGAAUCAGGCGACGAUUCGUGGGACCUGAUCACGUGCUACUGCGGCAAGCCGUUCGCCGGGCGGCCGAUGAUCGAGUGCAACCAGUGCGCCAUCUGGGUGCACUUGUCCUGCGUCAAGAUCAAGAAGUCCAACGUCCCCGACAUCUUCUACUGCCACAAGUGCAUGCACUCCAGGCGGUCGGGACACAAGAAAGACACUUAAACAAAACCACAGCAAAAGAAAGUUCUCUUUUUUUUUUUUAUUAUUAUUUUUUUAUUUUUAUUUUUUCUCUCUCCCCCCGAUGCCUACAGCCAAAACAGCCUAACAUUUAUCCACAGUUUUCUUUUGACAAUCAACGUUAUUUAUCACAGACAGCGUUUUGUAUCCCGAGGCUCGACAGAAGUUUUGGAAUUCUUUUACCGGCCUCCUAAAAGCGGUCGCGUUAUAAUUUUUGACUGAAGAACGUCUUCAUGCAAUUUUUUUUUUAUUUUUUAUUUUUAAAUUUUUUUUUUUGUAGUCGUCAGUGGAAAGGACACUGAUGUCAAAUGUCACUUUAAAAACUUAACAGAUGUGGACUUGAUCACAAAAUCUGCCUAAUGAUCAGCAAAAUAAUAAUAAAAAAAUAAUAAAGUUUGAAUUUUAGCGCAGAA